CUUCCAGGCAUAUCCGCAACUGAGUGUCCUUUCGGCUUUGGCCCAGCCGCUUCAUCAGCUCUGGAUCUACUUGUACUUGCCCUCCGCUCUUCCCCAGUAGCAUGUUGGACGCCUUCCGACCUGAGGGGCUCAUCUUCCAGCGUCAUAACUUUUAUAUGCCUGUUGUCUUUGUCCAUGGAGUUUUCUUGGCAAGGAUACUGGAGUGGCUUGCCGGUUCCUCCUCCAGGUGGAUCACGUUUGGUCAAAACUCUCCACAAUGACCUGUUCAUCUUGGGUGCCCUACUCGGCGUAGUUCAUAGCUUCUCUGAGUUCUUCAAGCCCCUUCGCCACGGCAAGGCAGUGAUCCAUGAAGGGGAUCCUAAUUAAUCCUCCUAAUUAAGCCUCCUAAUUUAGCCGGGUCACUCCCUGCCUCCCAGGCGGGGGCUCCCAUUCCCACCCCCGCUGCCCAGGGUCGCUGCAUCUGCCGCCGCCAUCAGGAUUUUGGGAAGCUACAACUUGCCCUGACUUCUGUGCUCCUGAAGAAGUUGAACCUGCAAACCUGGUCAGGAUGGACGGAGGAAGAUGGACAGUUGACCUGGUCAAGCUGUCUCCUGCAUCCCUCCCUGCAACCUUUGAGCAUCCCCUCCUGGGACCCUCGGAGAAAUCUGGUGAGGAAGACGAUGGUCAGAAUUCUACGGAGCCAUCUGUGAAUUCAUUGGGAAGAACAAAGAAACAGUUUAAGUGCAGGGAAUGUGGAAUGUGCUUUAGUCACUGUGGAAGAAUGAGGAUACACCAAGGAACUCACAUGGGGGAGAAACCAUUUGAAUGCAUGGAGUGCGGAAAGAGCUUCCAUAAAAGUGGAACAUUUAGAAUACAUCAACGAACUCACACGGGGCAGAAACCAUUUAAAUGUAUUGAAUGUGGAAAGAGCUUCAGUCAUAGUGGAACACUUAGAAUACAUCAACGAACUCACACAGGGGAGAAACCAUUUAACUGUAUAGAAUGUGGAAAGAGCUUCAGUCAUAGUGGAACACUUAGAAUACAUCAACGAACUCACACAGGGGAGAAACCAUUUAACUGUAUAGAAUGUGGAAGGGGCUUCAGUCUUAGUGGAAACCUUAGAAGACAUCAACAAACUCACACGGGGGAGAAACCAUUUACAUGUAUUGAAUGUGGAAAGAACUUCAGUCAAAGUGGAGACCUUAGAAUGCAUCAACAAACUCACAUGGGGGAGAAACCAUUUAAAUGUAUUGAAUGUGGAAAGAGCUUCAGUCUUAGUGGAAACCUUAGAAUACAUCAACGAACUCACACAGGGGAGAAACCAUUUAACUGUAUAGAAUGUGGAAGGGGCUUCAGUCAAAGUGGAAACCUUAGAAUACAUCAACGAACUCACACAGGGGAGAAACCAUUUAACUGUAUAGAAUGUGGAAAGAGUUUCAGUCAAAGUUUUCACCUUAGAAUACAUCAACAAACUCACACAGGGGAGAAACCAUUCAAAUGUAUUGAAUGUGGAAACAGCUUCAGGCAUAGUGGUCACCUUAGAAUACAUCAACGAACUCACACAGGGCAGAAACCAUUUAAAUGUAUUGAAUGUGGAAAGAGCUUCAGUCGUAGUGGAACACUUAGAACACAUCAACAAACUCACACGGGGCAGAAACCAUUUACAUGUAUUGAAUGUGGAAAGAGCUUCAGUCUUAGUGGUCACCUUAGAACACAUCAACGAACUCACACAGGGGAGAAACCAUUUAAAUGCAUUGAAUGUGGAAAGAGCUUCAGUGUUAGUGGAACACUUAGAAGACAUCAACAAACUCACAUGGGGGAGAAACCAUUUAAAUGUAUUGAAUGUGGAAAGAGCUUCAGUCUUAGUGGAAAACUUAGAAUACAUCAACGAACUCACACAGGGGAGAAACCAUUUAACUGUAUAGAAUGUGGAAGGGGCUUCAGUCAAAGUGGAAACCUUAGAAUACAUCAACGAACUCACACAGGGGAGAAACCAUUUAACUGUAUAGAAUGUGGAAGGAGCUUCAGGCGUAGUGAUCACCUUAGAACACAUCAACGAACUCACACAGGGGAGAAACCAUUUAAAUGCAUUGAAUGUGGAAAGAGCUUCAGUCAUAGUGGUCACCUUAGAACACAUCAACGAACUCACACAGGGGAGAAACCAUUUAAAUGCAUUGAAUGUGGAAAGAGCUUCAGUCUUAGUGGAAACCUUAGAACACAUCAACGAACUCACACAGGGGAGAAACCAUUUAAAUGCAUUGAAUGUGGAAAGAGCUUUAGUUGUACUGGAGACCUUAGAAGACAUCAACGAACUCACAUGGGGGGGAAAUUGUUUAAAUGUAGGGAGUGUGGAAAGAACUUCAGUCAAAGUAGACACCUUAGGAAACAUCAGCUAACUCACACAGGGGGGAAACCACAGAUGUAGGGAAUGCGGAAAGAGCUGCAGAUGCAGUGGAGACCUUAAUAUUCACAAGCAAAUUCACACAGAUGAAAAGCCAUAUAAAUGUAUGCAGUGUUCCACUCAGUUUUCACUCUUUGCUUCAUAUAAAGAAACUCAUAAAGGCAGAAAUCAAUUUUAAAUGCAUGGAACCUGUGUGAUGUUCUGGUGUUUGUAUUGAAAUUUGUAUACAUACAUAUAUUUGUUAAAGUAAUGAGGAGAUUUCACCCCUCCCAUAUCCAAGAAUCUGCUGAUGUUCUCUGCUGAUUCUCUAGAGAGGAGGGGCGGUUUCUGCUCUCUACUUAUUUCGCUCCAACCUCACAUCAAAGAGAGAGAGACUGAGUUUUAGAGAGAGCGAGAUAAGGUUGCUGCUAAGAGCAGCUGCAGACACUCAGUGCAGUUCAGCAUUUUUCAUUUAGACCUCAUUUAGCUCUGUAUAUAGUUGUGUAUUAUAGUUGUAGAUAGAAUAAAGAAGAUAUUCUACAGA